AUGUCUAAACUACAGUUGUUUCAUGUGUUUUUAAAUGAGCGUUUAACGGAGGCUGCUGUGGAGAUUUUCUGGGCAGUUGAGAAAACUUUUGUGGAGUACCAGGAAGAGAAUGGUCGGCUACGGAGACUGCUGCGGAUCAGACCGGAGAUAAAACUGUGUAGAAUAGGUUCGUAUGAAGUUUUACUUAUAGCUAACUAUAGUUGUACUAAAUUAAUAAACUGUUUAGGUGAUCACCGUUUUAAAGUGUACAUUUACAGUUGUCUUUGUCACGAAAAGCUGAUUGAAAUAGUGUAAUGUACAGUUAUGUGCACUCAGUUACGUCUAAAGCUAGCUCUCGAAAACUCUAGUUGAGAAUUAAAUGUACGACGCUUUGAAUGGACCCAAACUACAACCGCGUCAGCGCUCAAACUCUAGAAUGCGGCAUUCUGACUUCUCCCUACUAUUUUCUGCGGUUAGCUCCGCCCACGACUGGCUCAUGGGAACUACAAUCCCGACGCAGGGUUUUUAACGUCACUAAUCAUCGCUUGCGACGCUGCUUUCGAAAUAUAUGGCCCUUAUCUUUCAUCGGCGAGAAAGAAUCCUUCAAAAAAAAAAAAAAAAAAGAUACACUUAAUGUAGCAGUUUUUGCACAGAUCCAUACACCUAUGGGUUCCUCCAUCCGACUAAACUAGACUUAACGUUACACUACGGCUCCCGAGUUAUGCUUACGAGCAUGCAAAUUAGCACAGGUGGUCGCCUCUUGUCUUCCGUCUGUUUUGCCUGAACAAGCGCUGUAACAUGGAGAUAUGGCCAUGCGGGAACACUAACCCUAACCCAGUCCUUCUCAAAUAGUGGGGCGCGCCCCCCUGGGGGGGCUCGGAGCGAUGCCGGGGGGGGCGCGUGUGACCCCGGGGAACAUGCUUUUUUUUGCCGCAGGGAGUAGUUUUUUUUUGCACCGAACAAAAGCACAGAGUAGGAGAUAUGAAGUGCAGAUAACAAACCCUUAAGAGACACCAUGGAAACAUACCUAACAGGGAUGAAAAGAAAGACGGAGAUAAUGAGACAAACGUAAGUCUCCCGAAAGCUAAGACGAGGAAAUAUGACGAAGCGUAUGUAGCGCUUGGCUUCACUGUGACUACGGUGGGAGAAGAGGGAAAGACCGGUAUGUUUACUGUGUCUAAAAAUGUUGGUAGUGGACAGCACGAAGCCAAAUAAAUUAAGGCGUCACUUAAAGACAUUACACCCCAAUCACGCUGAUAAGCCGCUUGAGUUUUUUCAGCGAAAACGUGCCGAAUAUUGCCAACAAUCUUCCCGCUUUGUGAAUGCUACUUCAGGAAACCAGCGAGCACUGUUAGCAUCAUAUAAGGUGGCGUACCAAAUUGCUCAGUGCAACAAAAAAAACAAUCCAUAGCAGAGGAGCUGAUACUGCCUGCAGCAUUAGACAUGGUCUCUGUCAUGCUGGAUGACGCAAGUGCUGCAAAAAAAAAAACGAUCCCUCUGUCCAAUGACACCGUCGCCAGACGUAUAAAUGACAUUGCUAACGAUCUUAAAGAACUGCUGGUAGAUAAACUCAAAGACAAACGUGCCUUUUGCCAUUAAUGCUGACUUCCUCAUUUUGCUAAAAAAAAAUCAGCACAAAUGGUUUUAUUCAUUUUUGUUUUAUAGGUCAGUGUUUCAUAUAUUGGGUUCAUGAGUUCAUGUUGCUGAUCAAUUUGAAUGUAUUAUUAUUUAUUGAUUAUAUUUUAUUUUAUUUUUCAGUAUCAAAUGGUCAACAUUUUUUUACAGUUUAAAUGAGGCAAAUUUCAGGCAAAUUGAUGCACUUGAAGUCUUUUCUGUUACAGACUAAAAAACAAUGUUAAUAAAGUUAUUCUUUGUUGUAAGUUGAUCUAUAUUUCUUUAUUUUCUUUCUUUAAUGUUAAUAAGGAUACAAUGUUAUGCAGAGGUGUACUUAGAACAAUUUCAUAGACAAAUGAUACUAUUUCCAGUUGCGGCGGAGAGUUGGGGGGCGCGAAAUGUUUACUUCUUCCUAGGGGGGGCGCAACAGAAAAUAAUUGAGAAGCACUGCCCUAACCUAAAGCAGUUGUCGUGUAUGAAUGGGGUACCCUUUGAUCAUGAAUCCCAGAUCCAUGACAUUACGCACAAGAUAAGUCACUUAAAAAGACUGCUGGCUGCAACUGUGUUAAAACCGCUUAAAACAGUCUACAGUAAUUUGUUUAAUCUGCGUUUGUGAUAUGAAAGUAUAGGGAUUCCUGUUUCUAGCCCAUCUAGAGUGCGACGGUGUAACUGGGGAGGAAGUGUAGUUGGUCGGCCAAAGGCCAUAUGGAUCUCUGCCAAACUGCCACAGUAAGGGUAUCAUUAUUUUAUUUAUUUUGCGAUUCUUUCUCGCUGAUAUAUAAAAGAUAAGUCCAUAUGUUUCCCAAAAACGUAUCGCAAGUGAGGCGUAUUUUGCUUUUAGAGCGUCAGGAUUAAACGGAGCGUCCGGAUUGUACAUCACGAGGGAGCCAACUGUGAUCAUGUGCAGCAGUCAUAUGCAGACCAGCUGGCUGGAGUGUUUUACGGACAUAUUCAAUCUCUACAUAUCCCAGUCUGUUGUCCCCACUUGCUUCAAGAUGUCCACCAUUGUUCCUGUACCCAAGAAAGCAAAGGUAACUGAACUAAAUGACUAUCACCCCGUAGCACUCACUUCUGUCAUCAUGAAGUGCUUUGGGAGGCUAGUUAAGGAUCAUAUCACCUCCACCUUACCCGACACCCUAGACCCACUACAAUUUGCGUACCGCCCCAACAGAUCCACGGAUGACGCAAUCGCCAUCGCACUGCACACUGCCCUAUCCCACCUGGACAAGAGAAAUACCUAUGUAAGAAUGCUGUUCAUCGACUACACCUCAGCCUUCAACACCAUAGUGCCCUCCAAGCUCAUCACUAAGCUCAGGGCCCUGGGUCUGAACCCCUCCCUGUGCAACUGGGUCCUGGACUUCCUGACGGGCCGCCCCCAGGUGGUGAAGGUAGGCAACAACACCUCUGCCACACUGAUCCUCAACACGAGGGUGCCACAGGGGUGCAUGCUCAGCCCCCUCCUGUACUCCCUGUUCAACCAUGACUGCGUGACCACAAAUGUCUUCAACUCAAUCAUUUUAAGUUUGCUGACGACACACAACAGUGGUUGGCCUGAUUACCAACAAUGGCGAGACAGCCUACAGGGAGAAGGUGAGGGCCCUGGUGCAGUGGUGCCAUGAAAAUAACCCCUCCCUCAACGUCAACAAAACGAAGGAGCUGAUCGUAGACUAUAGGAGACAGCAGAGAGAGCACGCCUCCAUCCACAUCGACGGGGCCGCAUUGGACAUGGUCAAAGCCUCAAGUUUCUAGGCGUGACAUCACUGACGACCUGAAAUGGUUCCUUCACACAGACAGUGUGGUGAAGAAGGCGCAACAGCACCUCUUCAACCUCAGGAGGCUAAAGAAAUUUGGCUUGGCCCCUAAGACCCUCACAAACUUCUACAGAUGCACCAUUGAGAGCAUCCUGUCAGGCUGUAUCACCGCCUGGUAUAGCAAUUGCACCAUCCGCAACCGCAGGGCUCUUCAGAGGGUGGUUCGGUCAGCCCAACGCAUCUCCGGGGUCACACUGCCUGCCCUCCAGGACAUCUACAGCACCCGGUGUCACAGGAAGGCCAAGAAAAUCAUCAAGGACCUCAGCCACCCGAGCCACGGCCUGUUCACCCCGCUACCAUCUAGAAGGCGGACACCGUACAGGUGCAUCAAAGCUGGGACCGAGGGACUGAAAAACAGCUUCUAUCUCCAGGCCAUCAGACUGUUGAAUAGUCCCCGGCCUCCGUCCACUACCCGGCCCUGUCGCUGUUCUAGCUGGCGCUAGGCCUUAUGGACAUAGACAUUGAACACUGAUCACUUAAAUAAUGUUGACUGUUUAUAUGUACACUGACCAAAAAUAUAAAUGCAACCAUUUCAAAGAUUUUACUGAGUUAGUUCAUAUAAGGAAAUCAGUCAAUUGAAAUAAAUUCAUUAGACUCUAAUCUAUAGAUUUCAUAUGACUGGGAAUACAGAUAAGCAUCUGUUGGUCACAGAUACCUUUUUUAUAUAUUUUUUAUUAGGGGCAUGGAUCAGAAAACCAGUCAGUAUCUGGUGUGACCACCAUUUGCCUCAUGCGGCGCGGCACAUCUCCUUCGCAUAGAGUUGAUCAGGCUGUUGAUUGUGGCCUGUUGAAUGUUGGACCACUCCUCUUCAAUGGCUGUGCGAAGUUGCUGGAUAUUGGCGGUAACUGGAACACGCUGUCGUACACGUCGAUCCAGAGCAUCCCAAACAUGCUUAAUGGGUGACAUGUCUGGUGAGUAUGCAGGCCAUGGAAGAACUUGGACAUUUCCAGAUUCCGUGAAUUGUGCACAGAUCCUUGUGACAUGGGGCUGUGCAUUAUCAUGCUGAAACAUGAGGUGAUGGUGGCAGAUGAAUGACACGACAAUGGGCCUCAGGAUCUCAUCACGGUAUCGCUGUGCAUUCAAAUUGCCAUCGAUAAAAUGCAAUUGUGUUCGUUGUCCGUAGUUUAUGCCUGCCCAUACCAUAACCCCACUGCCAACAUGGGGGACUCUGUUCACAACGCUGACAUCACCAAACCGCUCACCCACACUAUGCCAUCUGCACGGUACAGUUGAAACCGGAAUUCAUCCGUGAAGAGCACACUUCUCCAGCGUGCCAGUGGCCAUCGAAGGUGAGCAUUUGCCCAGUGAAGUCGAUUACGAUGCCGAACAGCAGUCAGGUCAAGACCCUGGUGAGGACGACGAGCACGCAGAUGAGAUUCCCUGGGACGGUUUCUGACAGUUUGUGCAGAAAUUCUUCAGUUGUGCAAACCCAUAGAUUCAUCAGAUGUCCGGGUGGCUGGUCUCAGACGAUCCCACGGGUGAAGAAGCCAGAUGUGGAGGUCCUGGGCUGGCUUGGUUACACGUGGUCUGCGGUUGUGACGCCGGUUGGACGUACUGCCAUAUUCUCUAAAAUGACAUUGGAGGCGUCUUAUGGUAGAGAAAUGAACAUUUAAAUUAUCUGGCAACAGCUCUGGUGGACAUUCCUGCAGUCAGCAGGCCAACUGCACGCUUCCUCAAAACUUGAAACAUCUGCGUCAUUGUGUUGUGUGACAAAACUGCACAUUUUAGAGUGGCCUUUUAUUGUCCCCAGAACAAGGAGCACCUGUGUAAUGAUCAUGCUGUUUAAUCAGCUUCUUUGUAUGCCACAUCUGUCAGGUGGAUGGAUUAUCUUGGCAAAGGAGAAAUGCUCACUAACAGGGAUGUAAACAAAUUUGUGCACAGAAUUUGAGAGAAAUACGCUUUUUGUGCGUAUGGAAAAUGUAUUGGAUAUUUUAUUUCAGCUCAUAAAACAUGGGAUCAACACUUUACAUGUUGCGUUUUUAUAUUUUUGUUCAGCAUAGAUAACAUAUCCUUCUCCUCUCCUUCCCUCCAGGCUCCUUGCAGCGCUUUCUCUCUGUCUCUGAAGAGGUUUCCUGUAUGAAAAGUGAAUGUGAUCAGAAGGACCCAUGUCAAGAAGCCAUACUAGCUGAAUGCCCAACUCUCAGUCCACUGAAAACGUCUAAACUACAGUCGUUGCAUGUGUUUUUAAAUGAGCGUUUAACGGCGGCUGCUGUGGAGAUUUUCGGGGCAGUUGAGAAAACGGUAGUGGAGUACCAGGAGGAGAAUGAUCGGCUACGGAGACUACUGCGGAUCACACCAGAGAUAAAACUAUGUCGAAUA